UUCAACUUUGGGGACGUUGUGUAGAAAUCGAGCAUGCAUGAUUAAACAAUGCCAUUAACUCGUGGUUGUUUAUUUUAAUGUAAUGUGCAUGUAGACACAGUAGUCGCACAGAGUUUCUGAACAUAUUCCGAAAUAAGAACUGAGAUUCUUCAGAGUUGUUGUAGCUUAUAACAUAACAGUAGGCGAAAGAGAGAAAUGUCUUCGCAAAUUCUUCUUACAAAUCUACGCGCGACCGCACAAUUGUGCAAAAGAGUGAAGAGUCUGCAGAGAUCUUGGGCACCUGUUAUAUCUGCUCAACAGAGUUGUGCCAUUCAUGUGGAUAACCCACCCAAUGUCCCAUCCCUGACUACCAGCUAUGUCCAUGGCAUCUCCUCCCAUCCACUGCUUUCUAAGACUGUGGACCAGUGCCUUCAAGCCUCAGUGGAGCGCUACCCUGACCGUGAAGCUUUGGUUUUUUUGCAGGAUGGAAUACGCAAGACAUUUGCUCAGUUUCACCAAGAAGUGGAACAGUUGGCAGCAGGUCUGUUGGCUGUUGGGUUGAAGAAGGGGGAUCGCUUGGGGAUGUGGGGACCAAACAUCUAUGAGUGGGUGCUGAUGCAGUUUGCCACAGCCAAAGCAGGGAUCAUUUUGGUGUCAGUGAACCCUGCUUAUCAGUUGCAGGAGGUAGAAUUUGCACUCAGAAUGGUGCAGUGCAAUGCAAUUGUUUGUCCGACUCAAUUCAAGACCCAAAAGUACUGCGAAAUGUUAAGGCAACUUAUCCCAGAGAUGAACAGCACUUCUCCUGGAGGAAUCAAUAUUUUAAAACUACCAGAUCUUCACACUGUGAUCCUGACAGACAGUCAUCAGCCAGGGACUUUUCACCUGAAAGAUGUGAUGCAGGCUGGGACCAGCCAACACCAUCAGCAACUACAAGACCUGCAGAAAAAAGUCAUGUGUGAUGAUCCCAUUAACAUUCAGUUUACCUCGGGAACCACAGGAAGACCCAAAGGAGCCACACUGACCCACCACAACAUUGUCAACAAUGCUUACUUCAUCGGCAUGCGCAUUGGCUACAGCUGGAGGAAAAAUGUGCGAGUGUGCUUGCCGGUGCCGAUGUACCACUGUUUUGGUUCUGUGGGUGGUGGUAUGGUCAUGGCCUUGCAUGGCGUCACAUUGGUUUACCCAUCUACUGCUUAUGAUGGACGUGCCAACCUGGUGGCUAUGCAGAAAGAGAAGUGUACAUUUUUCUACAGCACUCCUACUAUGCUUAUAGACAUGCUUGGUCAGCAUGACCUGGCCCAGUUUGAUUUGUCAUCAGUUGUGGGUGGUAUUGUGGCUGGCUCUCCUUGUCCUCCUGAGGUUAUCCAGAAUGCCAUCAAUAUCAUGGAUAUUAAGGAAUUGUUGAUUGCAUACGGGACGACCGAAAACAGCCCCGUGUCAUUCUGCGGCUUUCCAAUUGAUAGCACUGAGCGUAAGACACAGACUGUUGGAUGUAUAACCCCACACACUGAGGCCAAAGUAGUGGACCCUACAACAGGGCUGACUGUGCCUCUCGGCACUCAGGGGGAGCUGAUGAUUAGGGGCUACUGUGUGAUGCUGAAAUACUGGCAAGAUGAGAAAAAGACCCGUGAGUGCAUCACAGAAGAUCGCUGGUACAAGACUGGAGACAUUGCCAGUUUGGAUGAGUAUGGAUACUGCAAAAUACAAGGACGUAUCAAGGACCUAAUCAUCAGAGGAGGAGAGAACAUCUACCCUGCUGAAAUCGAACAGUUCCUACACACCCAUCCUAAAGUUCAGGAAGCACAGGUGGUUGGAGUGAAGGAUGAGCGAAUGGGAGAGGAGGUUUGUGCUUGUAUUAAACUGAAGGCUGACCAGGAAUGCACUGUAGAGGAGAUCAGGGACUUCUGCAGGGGAAAGAUCACUCAUUACAAGGUGCCACGUUAUGUGACCUUUGUUCAGGGUUAUCCUCUGACAGUCACAGGCAAGAUCCAGAAGAACAAACUGCAGGAGCAGACAGAAAAACUGCUUGGACUGUGAAUGCAAAAGCACACCUGUGGUACUUUUUAAUCCGGCCAUAAGAUAUCAACCUAAGGACAUUAUGAUUUACUGAAAGUAUUGUACUUUCAUUGUUCCUUAAGGCUUGUUUUUAAUUAACAAACACAAUAUAAUGUUACUUUUAUAAAUGCAUUAUACUAUUCGGUUAUGUACCAGUGGCAUUUAUAAAUUGUAAGGAUGAUGUACCUUUUUAAUCAUCUUUAUGUUUGUAAUGAAUUGUGUAUGACACCAAAUAAUCCUUAAUACCUUUAGAGGGAACAAAGAUAAUCUUUUAGUAACCAAUGUAAUUUUGCAACCAAAAUUUUCAGGAUUCACUAUUUCAGUGUGCAUGGCUAGACUGUCAUUAAUAUGCCUUUACAAUAGGACAGCUUUUAGAUGCAUCUACUAUGGUAUCUUUUUAAAUGUAUAGUGCAUUCAAAAAAUAUUCAGACCCCUUCAUUUUUUUCACAAUUUGUUGUUGCAGCCUUCCUCUAA